UGACGUCAGACGCACGUUCAGAAAAGAGGCGCGCAGAGGGAAAUGACCAACAGUGUUUAAACACCGCCGGAGUUAUUCACCAAAACUAUCAAACCUAGAGGAGUGUUACCUGUUUUUUACUGUCUGCAUGUCGAUGCCAACAUGUCGUUACUGAAGCCUUUUAGCAAAUUACCUGGCCUGAACGCCGCAAAUAUACUGUUGGUGGAGAAUGAGGAGCAGCUCCAGCAGAGGUUGGCAGAUGCUCUGGUGGAGGAGACAGCUGUCACUGUCAAUGUGAGACUAGCAAAGACUCUGCCACUGCCUUUGAAGAACGAGAAGAGCCGUCCAAGGAUAGACCUGGUGGUGUUCAUCAUCAACCUGACCUCAGAGCUCAGUUUGCAGUCAGCAGAAGCUUCCCUCAAGUAUUUGGACCCUGGAUACUUUCUUGGAAAAGUCUGCUUACUUGUCACUAACGCUCGUAAUGCAUCAGUGCCCCCAGCUCGCCUGGACACUGUCAGGAAGCUGGCUGCGUCCCUCCACUGCCCGCUGCUGUGUGCAGAGGAUCAGACCCCAGAUGGUGUGACCAAUGCAGCAGAGAGGCUGCUAACCAUUCUGAAGGUGGCAGCCGGCCUUGUUCCCAUGACGACUGCACUCUACCUGUCCAACUUGACUCGCUGCACUGUGCCCUCAGACAUCGACCAGCAAGGCUUUGAUUAAUUUUCAAGCCCUGUAGGUCUGAAGUGAUGCAUUCUCAGACUUUUUCAUAUACGUGGAUUUAUUUCUGGUCGCUCACCCCAACAACGGCCAGACCCACCACAUGAUUUAUGAAACAGAUAAUACAUUUACAGCCAUUUCCAUUGCUCCAUUCUGAGUAUCUUACCCUAUCCCCCCUAUCUUGUCACCGCCAUAAAUAACCUAAGAAAAAUGCUGCUUCUGCUUGGGAUGUAAGAGAGAGGCAGUGUGGUAUGGUUUUGUAUUUUCUGUACAGCUGAAGACAUUGUUCUGUUUGUACUUGUAGUCGGUGCAGUGGCUGUUCCUGCCCUGAGUUGUAGCCUUGGUGUGUUUUUUUGCCCCAAAGAGCUUGUCAGGAUAAUUAUUCACACAGGGUCCUAACAUUUCCGCACUUUUUCCCCCUCUUAUACUAGGAUUCAAGCCUAUAAAAAAGUAUUGCUGCUCUUGUCAAGUGAGGAACCAUAAUACACAGGCCCAUGAACAAUAAGGAACCAUAAUUUACAGAAUCAGAUGCAGCAACUGGACUGUCUGCUCUCUCUCCUGUCUGACAUUGUCCAGGAAAACUCAAACAGUGACCAUUGAACCACUACUUUUGACAAAAUAUCAUCUAGGUAAUGAGUUGACCUUUGCGGGACCUACUUUAUGUGUUGGUAUCUAACUGGGCCAAGUACAGCACUGGGGCUAACACAGAUUGAUAAGUUGUUAUCACAACAAUCGUGUUUAUAGUAUGAUCUAUCAUGCUCUGCCGUGUGUGCACCGUGGAGUGUUUUUGUGUUAGUAUACAGUUGACAGACAUUUGAACAAUUGAUUAUAAGCUUUUAAUAAAUAUAUUUAAAUUUUUUCCAUGUAAAUAAAGGUGUUUUCAUUUUGAAUGUAUGUGUAUAUUAGGUUGCUUCUUUAAUCUUUAAGUAAAUGCAAAUAUAUACCGAUAUGACAGCUGUGAUGGAUAAAAGCCCUUUGUGAUCAUACUGACA